UUUCUUUUUCUUUUUUCUUUUUACUUUUUAACUUUUACUUUUUACUUUUUUUUUACUUUUUCUUAUUUAUAUAUAUAUAUAUAUUAUCAAUGUCUGUAAAACAAAAGAACGAUACUAGUACGAAUAACUGGUAUGGAUUGGAUUCAAAUAAAAGAAUAAAUCAUUGGCUUCCUAAAGAUGAUUUAUUAAAGAAUCCAUCUUCUUCUACGACUUUAAUGCAUUCAACUUCUAAUAAUAAUAAAUGUUCAUUAAAGCAUAUUUUGAUAAAUACGAUGGAAGAAGAAGAAAAGAAGGACUUGUUAUUAGAGAGCAUAAAUGCUACGGAUACAAAAGAAAAUUGUAUAAACAAGCAAGGACAAUCAUUAUUACGAUUAUAUGCUUUAAUCCAAUCUAUUCAGCAAAAGAACAAAAAUAAAGAUGAUGAAAACUACACAAAUAGCAUCAUGAAUAAUACGAAUCAUCUGACCAUGUUAAAGAUGAAUCAAAAGAAUGAGUCGCUUUCUACAACAGCCUCUCCUCUUCGUAUCAUUCUUAAGAGACAACGUAAUACAGAUGCUGCUCGUAGAUCUCGAUUAAGGAAAGCGAUUAAAAUGGAAACGUUAGAGGAAAAGGUAAAGUCAUUAAAGACACUGAAUCAAGAAUUAAAAGUACAAGCUGCAGUAUUAGAAACUGAAAUAAAUCAUGCCAAAGUAAAAGAAGAACAAAACAGACAAAGAAUAGUAGAUUUGGAAGCUCAAUUGACUAUUGUACACCAACAUUUAAUCAAAGAAAACUAAUUUAUUUGCUUAAUAAAUCUAUUUUCUUUUUUUUAUAUAUAUAUAUACCUUUAGCUUAAUUUUCCUUUAAAGAC